AUGCCCACGAGAUCAGGAUUGGAGUUUGCCGCGAAGGAUCUGAUAAGGCGAACGGCUACGAUGAACGAGAAUGAAGAGAAGGAUCGCGCAGAGCGCGAGGUGGAGAAGGAGGCAGAGGCGCACGGCGCAGAGGAGGGAAUGAUGGGAAAACCGAGUGGAGUCGCCGGUUCGGCGGAGGAACAGAGAGAGAGAGAGAGAGAGAGAGAGAGAGAGAGAGAGAGAGAGAGAGAGAGAGAGAGAGAGAGAGAGAGAGAGAGAGAGAGGCAUAGUCCCUUAGCCCCUUGCCUCUCAGCCUCUCAGCCUCCCCUACCCUUAGAAAAUAAGGCCUUGGGCCUGGUGGGCACGGGCGCAGGCUCAACCACAGGGGCAGGGGGAAAGGUUGGAGCAGGCGCAGGAGGAUGUGCAGGAGCAGACACCACAGCAGGCGCAGAAGCAGACGCCACCGCAGGCGCAGGUGCCGGCAACAGAGCAGGCGCAGGAGGGGACGCCACCAUAGGUGCAGGAGCGGCCACCACUGCUAGCGCAGGAGCAGACACCACGACGUGUGGAGAAGCAGGAGCAGCGGCAGGCGCGGACAACGAUGCCACGGCAGGAGCAGGAGGUGCAAGAGGCGCAGGGGCCAGGUCAGCAGGAGGCACAGAGGACGGAGCUGACCCAGGAGCAAGGGGAGAUGACAUCUCCACAACAGCCGGCGCCGGGGCCGACACGAGCGGAGGAGCAACUACAGCAAACGCCGCGACAAAGGUUCGUGGCGAGUAA